AUGGCAGCACCCAAGAUCGUUCUUGUCACUGGAGCCAACACGGGCCUCGGCCUCGAGAUUGUUAGGGCAUUGUGUGGUAGCAAUGACCCCUAUGACAUACUUCUAGCUUCUCGGAGUCUCUCAAAAGGGGAAGCUGCGGCCGAAGCCCUUAAACAGGAGUUCCCAACGAGCCCCAGUUCUGUUUCAACUUUCCAGCUUGAUAUCUCGGAUGAUGAUUCCAUCAUAAACGCUUAUCAGGCAAUCUCCAGCAAGUACGAUCGACUCGAUGUGUUGAUCAACAAUGCAGGCAUCCAGCUGCCUAGUGGAGACACAAUGGGUCGCCGCAAAGCCUGGAAUGUGACCUAUGAUGUGAACGUCACCGGCACCCAUAUCGUCAGCGAGACCUUUGUGCCUUUGCUUCUGAGAUCCGCCAGUCCUCGCUUGCUAUUUAUAACUAGCGGCACGUCGUCUUUGGUGGAGACAACAGAGCCGAAUUAUUUCUUUAAUAGGUCACCCCCAGCUGGCUGGCCGAAAGAUCAGAAUAUGUCCCUGUUGGCCUAUCGGGCCAGCAAGACCGCUUUAAACAUGGUUGUCAGAGACUGGCGCAGAGUAUUGAAUGAGGAUGGCGUGAAGGUCUUCGCUGUCUCGCCUGGCCUUUUAGCUACAGGACUUGCUGGCGGUGUUUUUAGCAAAAUGGGAGCAGCGCACCCGAGUGUUGGGGCAGAACUAGUUAAGGAUAUUGUGGAGGGAAAGAGGGAUAAGGAUGAAGGGAAGAUUGUCAAGCGGGAUGGUGUGCAGCCUUGGUAA